GACAAUAUCAACUAUGGGCUACACUACCCACGUCUCCCAUCGCGUGGCAAGAGCAAAAUCAGCACUUACCAGGCUAUAUCGAUUUAGAGACUUGGCCACUGGUCUUAAGCUCCAUCUUAUAAAGGCUCUAAUUAUUCCCAUUCUCUCCUAUCCUCCUGUUCCUCUACACGCUCUCUCCCGUACAGCUAUUAGCAGAUUACAAAGAGUGCAGAACAGCGCCCUGAGGUUCGCCUUCGGUACAAGAUGGGACGACUUCACCAGCUCGGCAUCGCUCCACGAGGCCGCGUCCCUCCCAGCCCUCAACGUCCGCCUCCAAGAGAUGGCUGCCAAACUCUGGCAGAGAAUGGAUGACGAAGGUUGGGACCAGUACCGGGCGCUGAGGGCGCUGCACGAAGAGACUCCGCACCGGCAGCAUGCCUGGUUUCCCAGAAGCCUCCUAAAACUUGAAGAAGAACCUCCAGAACCCAGAUACAGAUCACUACCAAUCACUGGCAUGCUUGCCCCAUACCACCCGCGGAUUGCUGAUGCUGACGGACAGAGGGCUGCUAUACCAUUACGAGAGACUCCAGAGACGCAAAGCCAGACGACGGCGAUGCAGCACCCAGUGGACUGAAGGCACUCCGGGACUGCCUGGACUGAUGCCGCUCUGACGACACCGACGGCAGCCCAGUGCCGGUUCCAUCUGUGCUGUCCCCCCUCAAGCCUCACGCCCUGAGUUGUUGGGACGCUGGCCUACGUCCCAGCAGGACCACCGGGAAGCUGGCGAAACUCCCGGCAGUGGGGCUGAGCUUCAAGCACGCACAGAUGAGGGGCCCUGCCAGGAUGGUGGCGCAGCCACGUCACAGAAGGCGGGCCUGAGAACCAUCCACUACUCCACCAACUUCGACCAUCCUCCUGCAGCCUAGCUGCAGGAAACAUCACCAGCUGGACACACCAAUGAAGACACUCACCAAGUGACCCCUACAAAGUGACAGUGAA